UGUGACGUCAGCUCCGCAGGCGCGUACUCGGGAGGCGCGCUCUCGCGGCCGCUGUCGGCAGCAAAACAGACCGGGAGCGGAGGCGGGAGGUGCAAGAGCUGCAGACUUGUUCUCAAAGCCAAAUAUAUAAUCCAUAGUUCAGAAGGAAGUGAAGUCAAUUGGAAAAUAAGAUUUGCCCAUCGUCUAAUUGGAUUUUUCACCAGUCUGCAGACUGCUCUUGUCAAUUGAAAGAUGAGUGUCACACGUGGACGCAGUUUUGUUGAGGUUAUUUGUGAGAAGUACAGCCCAGAAAACUUCCCGUAUCGACGAGGAAUGGGUAUUGGCAUUCACAUCUGUUUUGGGCCCCGGGGCUCACCUGUGAAAGCACGUCUAAACCUUCCAGCUAUCCUCGUGCUGGAUGGUUGUGGAAUUAACACUGCUGGAGAGGAAAGUGACAUUGCUGCCUUCUGCUCACAUGUUUGUGAACUCGACUUAUCCAAUAACAAUCUACAAGACUGGUACGAGAUCAGUAAAAUUGUGUCAAAUCUUGCCAAUCUGACCUUUCUGAAUCUCACCUCGAAUUCGCUGACUGAGGCCAGGUUAGACUCGAAAUGUGCUGCCUCUUUCUCCCGAAUACAGAGACUCGUCCUCAACAAUACCAAGCUUUCAUGGGAAAUCAUUCACACAUUUCUGCAGGAGUUGCCAAGGUUGGAGGAGCUUUUCCUAUGCUUAAAUGACUACAGGACAGUUCUGCUAUCGCCCUGUUCCUACCCAUCACUGCGACUCCUCCAUAUUACUGACAAUAAUCUCACCGACUGGGCUGAGCUACACAAACUUGGACAGAUGUUACCAGGCCUGGACACAUUAAUCCUGGCAAACAACCCACUGACCAGCAUCGUGGAUUCACAAGAAACGUUGGCACGGCUUUUCCCAAACCUACGAUCAAUAAAUCUUCAUAACUCGGGACUAAGCUCAUGGGAUGACAUUGAUAAACUCAAAGCAUUUCCUAAACUGGAGGAAGUGAGGCUUCUGGGAAUUACAUUACUGCAAAAUUAUUCUGAGGAGGAACGACGCAAGCUCGUCAUAGCUAGGUUACCAUCAAUUAUUCUAUUAAACGGGAGUAAAGUUGCAGGAGAGAGGAUAGAUGCCGAACGAUUUUUCAUACGUUACUACAUAAAGCAGCCAGAUGACGAUUUACCAGAAAGAUAUCAUGAACUGGUAGCACAAUAUGGUGUGUUGGAACCGUUGGCUGUGGUGGACCUCCGGCCCCAGAGUCGUGCCAAGAUUGAAGUUCACUUUGAGGAUAAAGUUGAAGUGAUGAAUAUUCGUCUCGAUCAGACUGUGGGUGAUCUGAAGAAACACCUUCGAACUGUCGUGCAGUUGUCAACCAAUAACAUGCGGUUGUAUUACAUUGAUCAAGACAUGGUAAACACAUUUGGACCAGAAGAAAUGAGAUACAGCUUGCGUGCCCUUCACUCGUUUAGUAUUCGAGAUGGAGAUGAGAUUCAUGUAGAACCAAAAACAAAAUAGUCUUGUGAAUUUACUCAAUCUUUGCACUUUUUACACAAGUAUUUUGUUUGCUAAUGAAAGUAUUGCUCGGUUACAGUGCGUUUUCACAAUUGUAACUUAAAGGGUUAGCGAUCCAUGUAUAGGUACCGAUUAAUGCUGAAACUAGUUCACAAAAAAAGAUCAACGUUCCUACCAGUAAUGGAAGAAAGUUUCUAAGAUGGACAUAAGAGAAACCUGUCUAAGGUGACCUAGUAACAACAGAGCCCGAGAUCGCCACCAAUCUUCGGUCAUUAGAGGCGUGGUGUGAUGUGAUUAUUGAAUACAAUGGUGUAUCGCUAACUACUUUACUGUGCGAUGUAUCAAAUGAAAGCAGAUAUUGAGUGAGGUAACACAAAUCUGGGGUUACGGCCUGUGGAUGAGUUUGUUUAAUUACCAAUCACUCAAGGUUUUGUGAACAUACAGUAUGUCAUCAGUGUCAUGCAAUAGAAUUUCUUAUAAACAGGUCUAUGGAUAAUGGAAAGCUGUGAUAAGAUGCAGAGCACAAACUGUUCUUGCUCAUAACAACAUUGGUUCAUACCAUGCCAUUGCUCUUUCAAGGAGCUGGUCCAGACAAGAUGAAGGGAAUGUCCUCCACCGUAUGAUAGCUUUAAUAUCACUAAAACAGCAUUAUGAUUUUUGAAGCAAUGACAAAUCAUUUCAGCAGAAUCCAUUUCUUCGCACUUGCAGUAUCUGGUUCAGUCUUGAUUGAGGUGUUUAUAUGUUGUAUGCAAUAAGCGCUGAACUACAGUCAGCACUUUGAAUAUAAUUUUAUACAUCAAAUGUCUUUGCACACUGGCCCCAGACUCCAUAUGCACUACCACAGCACUUUAAUAGUACCUGUGCAGUAUGUGGCAUUUGCAUUCCAUUCAAUGUGUUGACUACAAUAUACACUCCCACAUAUAUAUGCAAAUAUGUGUGUAUGUGGGUAUAUAUUUGUCACAAUUACUAAUGCGGGUAGUAAAGCAGCAAAAGUAUCAACUUGUAUGAAAGUUCAGAAUACAUUGCGUAUUGUCUCUAUUUUAAACCUGGAGAUGUUAAAUCUUUUCAACACGCUCCAUGUUGCCUUAAUUUCAUUUCAUGAUGUUUUAGCAAUUUGUGUAUAUGUUUAAUGUAUUGUUCACAGAACUCAAUUAUGUUGCUUUUUUUACCUUUCUGAGUUUAAGACUCUUGGUGUGCACAAAAUCAAAAUCUCCGGGUGCGAUUGCUGUGAACAACCCCAUCUCAGUGUUCAUUGUCUCUCAUGGUUUAUAAUGCUCGGCUACUUUUGGAAGACCUUAAUGCGGUGAUACUCCCAUGCAUCAUUUGUCAGAAGUGUGUGAUUUAAUCUAUUGUUGGCUGCAAUGGAAAUAAUUGAUUUGUAUUCUGGACUGAGGCUAGUGUAGAAUCAACACAAGAUGUGGUCUCGGCAAGCACUGUGAUAAAAAAGGACUUUAUACCUUAUUGCCAGUCCCCAACAGAAGCUGAAUAUUG